GGAGGAACCUGAUCCUCCGGUAGCGAAGGGCUAGAGGCAAACACCGAGCUCCUCCAGAGCCGCCCGGGAGCAGGGAGGGCUCCGCUAGCCCGGGGGGCCCUCCCCGCGGGGCAGAUGAGUUCCAUAUCCAGACUCUCAAACCAUGUUUUGGGAUCAUCCAAACAUUCCAUCCUCCUGACUCCAUAAACUAUUGGAUUCAUAACCUGCUCCAUGCUUGAAAACAUGGGGAUUGGAAUUCGUUUCUGGCGCAGAAAUGUUUCUUGAUGAAUGUUCUGAAAAGAAUAAAAUAUCUCCGGGAGUCCUCCACUGUCGUCAGCCCUGUACAAGGCACCUUGGUAAACCCACAGGAUGAACAAGGAACAUUUUAGUGGACAAACCAAACGACCAAUCUUCAAGAUGGUCUUCAGAGAGCAACUAUCCUCCCCAGUACUUGAUUCUAAAGCUCGAAAGGCCUGCUAUAGUUCAGAAUAUCACAUUUGGAAAAUAUGAGAAAACUCAUGUUUGCAAUUUGAAGAAAUUUAAAGUCUUUGGUGGAAUGAAUGAAGAAAAUAUGACAGAGCUGUUGUCCAGUGGCUUAAAGAAUGAUUAUAACAAAGAAACAUUCACCUUGAAGCAUAAAAUUGAUGAACAGAUGUUCCCUUGUCGAUUCAUUAAAAUAGUUCCACUCUUGUCCUGGGGACCCAGCUUUAACUUUAGCAUCUGGUAUGUUGAACUUAGUGGCAUUGAUGAUCCUGAUAUAGUACAACCUUGUCUCAACUGGUAUAGCAAGUACCGUGAACAGGAAGCUAUUCGCCUUUGCCUAAAACACUUCAGACAACACAACUAUACAGAAGCUUUUGAGUCACUGCAAAAGAAAACCAAGAUUGCACUGGAACAUCCCAUGUUAACAGAUAUUCAUGACAAGCUGGUGUUGAAGGGUGAUUUUGAUGCUUGCGAAGAGUUGAUUGAAAAGGCUGUAAAUGAUGGCUUGUUCAAUCAGUAUAUCAGUCAACAGGAAUAUAAGCCACGAUGGAGUCAAAUCAUUCCCAAAAGUACCAAAGGUGAUGGGGAAGAUAACCGUCCAGGAAUGAGAGGAGGCCAUCAGAUGGUUAUUGAUGUUCAAACAGAGACUGUUUAUUUGUUUGGUGGCUGGGAUGGAACACAAGAUCUUGCUGACUUCUGGGCGUACAGUGUGAAGGAGAACCAAUGGACAUGUAUCUCUAGAGACACUGAAAAAGAGAAUGGUCCUAGUGCCAGAUCGUGUCAUAAAAUGUGCAUUGACAUUCAACGGAGGCAAAUCUACACAUUGGGGCGUUACUUGGAUUCCUCUGUGAGGAACAGCAAAUCUCUGAAAAGUGACUUCUAUCGUUAUGACAUUGAUACAAACACAUGGAUGUUACUAAGUGAGGAUACUGCUGCUGAUGGAGGGCCGAAAUUGGUGUUUGAUCAUCAGAUGUGUAUGGACUCAGAAAAACAUAUGAUCUACACUUUUGGUGGUAGAAUUUUGACUUGUAAUGGCAGCGUAGAUGACAGCAGAGCCAGUGAACCACAAUUCAGUGGCUUGUUUGCUUUCAACUGUCAAUGUCAAACCUGGAAACUUCUUCGAGAGGACUCCUGUAAUGCUGGGCCUGAGGACAUCCAGUCUCGAAUAGGACACUGCAUGCUAUUCCACUCAAAAAAUCGUUGCUUGUAUGUAUUUGGUGGCCAGCGAUCAAAGACCUAUUUGAAUGAUUUCUUUAGUUAUGAUGUGGACUCUGAUCAUGUAGACAUAAUAUCAGAUGGCACCAAGAAAGACUCUGGGAUGGUUCCAAUGACAGGAUUUACACAGAGAGCAACUAUUGAUCCAGAACUGAAUGAAAUACAUGUCUUAUCUGGACUCAGCAAAGAUAAGGAAAAGAGGGAAGAAAAUGUUAGAAAUUCAUUCUGGAUUUAUGACAUUGUGAGGAAUAGUUGGUCUUGUGUCUAUAAGAAUGAUCAAGCUGCAAAGGAUAAUCCAACUAAAAGUCUUCAGGAAGAAGAACCGUGUCCAAGGUUUGCCCAUCAGCUUGUAUACGAUGAGCUACACAAGGUUCAUUACUUAUUUGGUGGGAAUCCAGGAAAAUCUUGCUCUCCAAAGAUGAGAUUAGAUGACUUCUGGUCACUGAAGUUGUGUAGACCUUCAAAAGAUUAUUUACUGAGGCAUUGCAAGUACCUCAUAAGAAAACACAGGUUUGAAGAAAAGGCCCAAAUGGAUCCCCUUAGUGCUCUGAAAUAUUUACAAAAUGAUCUUUAUAUAACUGUGGAUCAUUCAGACCCAGAAGAGACAAAAGAGUUUCAGCUCCUGGCAUCAGCUCUAUUCAAAUCUGGUUCAGAUUUUACAGCUCUGGGCUUUUCUGAUGUGGAUCACACCUAUGCUCAAAGAACUCAGCUCUUUGACACCUUAGUAAAUUUCUUUCCUGACAGCAUGACUCCUCCUAAAGGCAACCUGGUAGACCUCAUCACACUGUAACUGAAGAGUCACUGGACACAGAAAUGGAAAACAGGAGUCGAUUUUCCGUCUUUUGGAUUGCAGCUCCACUGACUGACAGUAAAGCUGCAGUGAUUGAGGACUGCACCAGAGUUCUGAAGGGAUCUUAACCAUCACAAGUUUUUACCCUCUUCCUUCAUGCCUGACCUCAACCCCGCUCUCCUCAUCCUAUUCCUAAAUUAGGCUAAUAAAGUGAAAUUGGUAUACUUUCCAGUUAAA